AUGAAUGGUGAUAUUUAUGUUGAUAACGGUGAAAACGGUCGAGUAGAUAUGUGGACAUUAAAUGCUACCAAAAGUGUUCCAGUAAUGUAUGUUAAUGGUUCUUGUUCUAGUCUAUUUAUCGAUAUUGACAAUAAUCUUUACUGUUCUCUUGGUAAACUUGAUCAAGUCAUCAAAAGAUCACUGAACAGUGUUUCAAAUACGACAACAAUCGUUGCAGGAAAUGGUUCUCCUGGAUCAGCAUCACAUAUGCUUGACAUUCCUUGGGGAAUCUUUGUUGAUGCUAAAUUCAACUUGUAUGUGGCUGAUUGUGGCAACAACAGAAUUCAACGUUUUCAAUUAGGACAAUUAAAUGGAUCAACGUUAGCUGGAAAUGGAGCACCAGGAACUAUUAUACUUAGCUGUCCAAGUAGAAUUGUACUUGAUGAUGAUGGAUAUCUAUUCAUUGUGGAUAUGCUGAAUCAUCGAAUAAUUGGAUCUGGACCACAUGGUUUUCGAUGUGUAGUUGGAUGUUCUGGAGAAGGUUCAGCAUCCAAUCAAUUAUUUUUUCCAACCUCCUUCAGUUUUGAUAGUUAUGGGAAUAUGUUUGUUACCGAUACCAGAAAUACUCGAAUUCAAAAAUUCUUUUUAUCAAUAAACUUUUGUGGUAAGUAAAAGAGAAAAAUUGAUUGUUGUAGUUUGUCAGAUUACAAAGAAAGUUUAAUUAAGAGAGAUAGCUUUUAAUUUGAAUAUAAUUCGA